GCUGCCCAGGGGCCGCCGCCGCCGCCGCCGCCGCCGCCGCGCCACACCAUGAAGCUCCGCAACAAGGCGGCGGCGCUGCUCCUGCUCGCGCUGGCCGCGCUCCUGCUCGCGGGGCUGUCCCUGCGCGCCCGCCGCGCCGCAGCCCCCGCGCCGCUCGCUCGCCCCGCGUCCGCCCCGCCGCGCCGCCCCGCGCCGGCCCCCGCGCGCCUUCCGGGCCCGGGUGCCCUCCCGGGGGCCGGCCAGAGCGCUCGCCGGCGCCGGCCUCCGCGUCCGCGCCCCCGAGGCAGCCGUCGGGGCGCCGCGAGCCUGAAGAAGUUGGCGAGGAGGCCUGGAGAACUCAGGAGUUUCCAAGCUGUGCUGCCCCCCGAGCUCUGGAUCCACCUGGCCGUGGUGGCCUGUGGCAAUCGGCUGGAGGAGACACUGGUCAUGCUCAAAUCGGCUGUGCUCUUCAGCCACAGGAAGAUGAAAUUUCACAUCUUCACCGAAGACUCUCUGAAGCCCGAGUUUGACAAACAGCUACGACAGUGGCCAGACUCAUAUACAAAGAAGUUUGAGUACAGAAUCUACCCCAUCACAUUUUCGGUUGGAAACCCUCAGGAAUGGAAGAAAUUAUUCAAACCGUGUGCUGCCCAGAGACUCUUUCUUCCGGUGAUUUUAAAAGAUGUGGACUCCCUCCUCUACGUAGACACCGAUGUUCUCUUUCUGAGACCUGUUGAUGACAUCUGGAAGCUUCUGAGGCAAUUUAAUUCCACACAGCUUGCGGCCAUGGCCCCCGAGCAUGAAAUCCCCAAGAUCGGCUGGUACAGCCGCUUUGCUCGGCACCCUUUCUAUGGCUCCGCGGGAGUUAACUCAGGAGUCAUGCUGAUGAACUUAACUCGGAUAAGAAGUGCCCAGUUCAAGAACAGCAUGAUUCCAACAGGCUUGGCUUGGGAGGACAUGCUGUACCCUCUGUACCAGAAGUACAAGAAUGCCAUCACGUGGGGAGACCAGGACUUAUUAAAUAUUAUUUUUUAUUUCAACCCAGAGUGUCUGUACGUGUUCCCCUGCCAGUGGAACUACCGUCCUGAUCACUGCAUGUACGGAAGCAAUUGCAGAGCGGCUGAGCGGGAAGGCGUGUCUGUCCUGCAUGGGAACCGAGGCGUCUACCAUGACGAGAAGCAGCCAACUUUCAAAGCGCUCUAUGAAGCAAUCCGAGAUGAAGCGGAGCUCUUUCCCAUCAGGGGGCUUUGCACAUGCUUGGAAUCAUUUACCCUAGAAAUUCACCUGGCAAAAUUCUACUAUCCUUCAGAUUUUGAGAAGAGGGGGAAAAAGGAAGUUUGUCCGGUCCUGGAUCAGUUUCUUUGUCAUGUAGCCAAGACUGGAGAAACAAUGAUUCAGUGGUCCCAGUUUAAAGGCUAUUUUAUUUUCAAACUGGAGAAAGUGAUGGAUGAUUUCAGAACUUCAGCUCCUGAACCAAGAGGUCCUCCCAACCCUAAUGUCGAAUAUAUUCCCUUUGAUGAAAUGAAGGAAAGGAUACUGAAAAUUGUCACUGGAUUUAAUGGUAUACCUUUUACUAUUCAGCGACUAUGUGAAUUGCUCACAGAUCCAAGGAGAAACUAUACAGGAACAGACAAAUUUCUCAGAGGAGUAGAAAAGAAUGUGAUGGUUGUUAGCUGUGUUUAUCCUUCUUCAGAGAAGAACAAUUCCAAUAGUUUAAAUCGAAUGAAUGGUGUUAUGUUUCCUGGAAAUUCACCAAGUUACACUGAAAGGUCUAAUAUAAAUGGACCUGGAACACCCAGGCCACUUAAUCGACCAAAGGUUUCUUUGUCAGUCCCCAUGACAACAAAUGGCUUACCUGAGAGCACAGACAGCAAAGAGUCAAACUUAAAGCAAAAUGAGGACAAAAAUCACAGUGACUCUUCGACAUCUGAAUCAGAAGGUUCCUCAGUGAGCCCUAUAAAAAAUAAACAUCCAGAUGAAGAUACUGUGGAAGCUGAGGGGCAUGAGGUAAAAAGACUCAGGUUUGACAAAGAAAGUGACGUCAGAGAGAUGGCCAGUCAAACAUCUUCCAGUGAAAUUUCGUCAGUUAUGGUAGAAGAAACAGAAGCUCCAUCUUCAUCUCAGAAUAAAGACAAAGAAAGUAGUUGUACCAGGCAGCACUGUACAGAAGAGGAUGAAGAAGAGGAUGAAGAGGAAGAAGAAGAGUCUUUUAUGACAUCAAGAGAAAUGAUCCCAGAAAGAAAAAAUCAAGAAAAAGAAUCUGAUGAUGCCUUAACUGUGAAUGAAGAGACUUCUGAGGAAAAUAAUCAAAUGGAGGAAUCUGAUCUGACUGAAGUUGAGAGAGGUUUACAUUCUGAAGGUAGUGAAAAUACAGGCCCUGUAAGUAGUUCCAAUUGCCAUGAAACGGAAGAAUUAAUAGGAUCCAAUUCCAGUAAAACUGGAGAGAUUCUCUCAGAAUCAUCCAUGGAAGCCACAGAAGUCACAGAUGAACCAAUGGAACAAGACUAACUAUUUAGAAAUAUUUAGAUGCAGUAUUUUACAUACAGUUCUGGUUUUACACUGUAUAAAACUUUUAUGUAAUAAAGUGGACCUUUAGUUUUACAAGAGAAGCAGGUUGUAAAAUAAAGUACUUUAUGGGAUAAAUCCUGAAAGAGUUGUACAUGUAAGAACUGUGAAUAUCAGCUCCUCUGGGUCCUGCUUACCGCUGACUUUUUUUGGUCUGGUCAAAUCAGUGGUUUGUGUAUAGAUUUUUUUUUUUUUUUUUAAUUUAGAGUUAAAAAUUUUAAACUGGAAGAUAAUUAUAAUUUUGAAAACUUUUGGAGAUUAUCACAUUUAGUUUAUACAUAUGCAAGAAAGCUUUUUGUCUUGUCUCUUUCUGACAGCUCUAGCAGUUUUCAUAUUUUGGUCAUAGUUUCAACAUUUUAACAUGUGAAUUAUAGGGUUUCAUGUUGGUUUCCAGAUUUUAUUGUUUGACUAUGUACUAUGGAACUUUAAGUCAUAUAUACAUAUAUAUAUAUUAUUCUAAGGGGGGAAAUGUUAUAUUUUUCUUUUUCUAUAAGAGAUGAAUACAGUGGAUACUUUUUCUAUUGGUAAUGAUUGAGUUCACCUCUUUCAGAAGACAGUUUCUUUCUCUUCUGAGUAAUUCAAAUAAAAUCUGGCCCUUGUGAAACCCUGGAAAUCUUAAGUCUGUUGAAAUACCAGGUUAAACACAUUCCAAGAGAUCUGUUCAAACUAAAAUUCUUUUGUAUACUUCUGAGGUGCCUGAGAAAAAGACUUCAUUAUUUAUGAGAAAAUGUGCUUUAUCUUGGAAAUUGUGUUCAAACAUUAGCUUACUAUUUUAUAGAAUGAAUGCUUAUAAAGCUGACACGAGACCAUCUCAGAAGAACCAGGCAGGUUCCUUUACCUUUUGCUUGCUUUUCUGAACAGUGUGAAUACUACACAUUUCUUUCUAAAUUAUUCUAGAGUAUACAGAUGUCAAUGGUAUGAAACACCACUGUACUGGAAGAAUUAAUAUAUUACUUUAGUAAUGUACCGGAGCUAAAUGACUGAAGCUUUAGGGGUACAUAAAAACCACCGUAAUUUGUAUGACAUUUUGAAGUGAAUUAAAUAUUUUUGAACAUGCUUCUUCGACAGCCAGUGUUAUAUUUUUCAGAUCAACACAAAGCACAAUGGUUAUUCUAAACUCAAUAUUUUCAAAUUCACAUAAUUUAAAGUCAUGCAAGCUGCAAUUUCCCUGUCUAAAUUACUGGCUGCCAAAUUUAUACCUGUUUCUUCAGCUGUACCUUUUGAUAUUUAGAAUUUUUAAAUUUCUGUAAAGUAGAUUUUGUAGAAUGUAAUGUGUUCACUGCCUUUGUGAAGCGGUAUAUAAUUGUAUAAUUUCUGUGUGUAAACUGAAUGCUUGGGCUUUCAAUACAGUAUUCAUAUAAAGCAAUAAAUAUUAAUGUUAUGAAA